GAUGCUGACUUCUCAGGUGAACAAUUCGCAAGUUUUGUCUGGUAUAUUUUCUGGCUUUUGCAUGUACCAUUUCUUCUGAUAAUGUGGAUUAACUUGGGUAUUUGUUUAGGGAGGCAAUUUUCCAUGUUGUUUCUUACUUUCUCAGGUCUUUUUUGCACCUUGUCCGUACAUCUUGCUUCAAAAAUCUUUAUUUUUGGGGUGGUCCUGUCUUCCAUUCAGUCAUAAAUACUUCUGUAGAGGUCAUCUCUUCUUUUUUUUUUUUUUUUCUUUUCCUGAUUAACAAGAGUACUUAAAAACAGCUGUCCUUAGAGUUGACAUUGAAUGCUUUUAUCUGUUUUAAAAGAAGAAAUCAAUCUUGAAUUUGCCUCUCUAGGAUUAAGCACGCUGCCUGUGUUUUACGCUGUUCGGGCCUUCAUUUUUUCAGAACUGUUAAACGGCAUGACGGGGCGCAAUAAGAUUGCAUACAGAGUGUGCUCUGCAUGGGGAAAUUAUUUUGUUAGACUUAACCAUGGGGCGGCAGCGGUUCCCUCAGCGCCGGCUGCGCCUUGGAGGCGCUGCCGGCGCUGAGGGAACUGCCGCCGCCAUUAGCGGCCGGGAACUACAACUCCCGUCGGCCCCCGCGCCCCGCCGCUUCCCGCCGAGCUAAGAUGGCGGCCGCCAAGGAGCGUGUGGUUGGAGCGGCGCCGGCGGGUUACACGGCUCUGGCGGUGAAGUUCGGGGAGAGGCAGCGCUCGCCGCACUAUCUUUUGGUGAAGGAGCACCAGGUGCGGGAAGGGGCCGGCACCACGCACCCGCCUCGCCGCACCCUCUUCGUCCUCAACGUUCCCCCGUACUGCAGCCCGGACUCUCUGUCUAGGCUGUUCUCCCGCUGCGGGCAGGUCCAGUCUGUGGACGUCUGUGAGAAGCCAGGGCCGAGAGAGAAAAAAGAAAAACUCACAUCCAAAUUCUUCAACCGCAAAACUGUAACGGGAUUUCAAGUAGCAUACGUCGUGUUCAGGAAACCAUCUGGUGUCCAGGCAGCCAAGGCCCUGUCACAGGAAGGUCCCUUGCUGAUAUCGACAGAGAGUCACCCUGUGAAAACUGGCAUUAGCAAGUGGAUCGCCAACUACGCGGCCUCAGUUGUGAAUCGGGAGGAGCUGAAGGCUGAGGUGGACACCUACAUGCAAGACUAUGACAAAAAGAUAGCAGAGGAAGAAGCUAAAGCGGCCAAGGAGGAGGGCGUUCCAGACGAGGAGGGCUGGGUGAAGGUAACACGGAAGGGUCGGAAGCCCGGCCUGCCCCGGACGGAGGCUGCCAACCUGCGAGUGCUGGAGAAAGAGAAGCAGAAACGGGCCCGCAAAGAGCUGCUCAACUUCUAUGCCUGGCAGCAUCGCGAGACCAAGAGAGAGCACAUUGCCCAGUUGAGGAAGAAAUUUGAGGAGGACAAGCAGAGAAUCGCGCUGAUGCGAGCCCAGCGCAAGUUUCGGCCGUACUAAGCCAUGCCGAGCUAUUUCCUUGGAUUCCUGCGCUGGAGAGGGCGGGAGAGGUGCCUAUGGACUCCACGUGCCAAAGGAUUUCAAGGAAUUGAGGCAGCUUCAGGUUGUCCCUGCCCUUGGACCUGAAGUGGAAGAUCCCAGCAACUGCCAUUGGAGGGGGAGUUUCCUUCCCUGCAGGGGUAUCCUCCUGCUCUCCCAGCCAUUGUCCAGCCCUGUGGCACCACUUCCCAGGGCGCUUGGGUCAAGGGGCUGAGCCACUUCCUGUGACAACCUCUAUCUCCCUGCCACCUGAGGUCCUUCUAAAGCUGCGUGAGAGCUCAGACUGACCUAGCACAGCCUCUGCAGGGGCAGGGAAUGGCUGAGGAACUGUAAAUAAACUGCCACUGUGUUCUCACAACGUGGGAAUCCCUCUCUUUCUUCCCCUGUGGUCUGCUGUGGGGGACAGCUUCUUGUGUGCUGGGUUGGUGAUUAAAGUCAUGGCUUGUAUGCCUGUGCUCCUUAGCACAUAUUAUCUGGGGGUGAGUAAGAGGAGGAGGGAAGUUACCUUGGGAAAUGCCCAACUGGGAAGUUCCCAGACCUGUUGUCAUGAGCAAAGAUCAAUGGUGUGAUACAGAGCCCUACCUCUUCCCUCGGCGUUUUCCUCUGAGCCAGGUGUUGAGGUGCACAGUUUUCCAGCCAGG